UGAAAGAAAAAUUCCGAGGGGGAUUGGGAUUUACUGAAUUUGGGAGAGAUACGGGGGCAGAUAUUGAAAAGGGGGUAUGUGUUUUUUGGUCUCCUGUUGAGCUGAGUAAAGUGAGAGCCUGAGAGAGGAGUAUUCAGUUCAGACGCGACUCGAGAGAGAGAGAGAGAGAAAAGAUGUCGGACGACGAUCAUCACUUUGAGUCGAAGGCCGAUGCUGGAGCAUCCAAGACCUUUCCUCAGCAGGCUGGAACCAUCCGUAAAAACGGCUACAUCGUCAUUAAGGGAAGGCCCUGCAAGGUUGUUGAGGUCUCUACCUCCAAAACAGGGAAGCAUGGUCAUGCCAAGUGUCACUUUGUGGGUAUUGAUAUAUUUAAUGGGAAGAAGCUUGAAGAUAUAGUACCUUCCUCCCACAACUGUGAUGCUCCCCAUGUUAAUCGCACUGACUAUCAGCUGAUUGACAUCUCUGAAGAUGGUUUUGUGAGUCUUCUCACUGAAAGUGGGAACACCAAGGAUGAUUUGAGGCUUCCCACUGAUGAUAAUCUGCUCACCCAGAUUAAAGAUGGGUUUGCUGAAGGAAAGGAUCUCGUGGUGACGGUCAUGUCGGCAAUGGGAGAAGAGCAGAUCUGCGCCCUCAAGGACAUUGGCCCCAAGAACUAAACUGUGAAGCUAGAUAUCUUGCUAUAUUUUAUAAUUAUACAGAGACAAUUCAGUUCUUUUUCUGCUUUUACAAGUCAAUGCAUUGUGUGGUAGAACCAUUAAAAUGAUAUGGUAGUAUUGUAGUUCAAUACUCGUUUUCUGCUUUGUAAAGAGGGGUGACAUCCCCUUGGUAGAACCAUGGGGGUUAGAACUGGAACCUGCCAAGGAGCUACUUUCUACGUCACAUUCUUUAAUGUUUUUCCAAUUAAAUACUGAAUCCAUAUAUUACGUGAAAGAUAUGGUUUUAGUUUCA